GUUAAACUAAAUGUUUUGAAGCUUUCCUAAAAAAGGAGACAUGAUAUUUUAUUGGCACUAUCUAGCACAGGCUCCACAUCUGUCCCUUUGGUGUACAGAUGUGGAUGCCUAGUCACUUACAUUUGACUAGACUUUAGCAUGUACUGUUAACCAAAUUAAGCUUAAAUGCAGGUUAAUUUAGCGCACUACGGUUUAGUGCUUUGCACAUCUGCUUCUGCACAAUAUGAACAAAGAAACAGGAAAAAAAAAGAAUAGAUACUUCAUUUCCCAGCAUACCCCGGCGCAGGACAUGCCCGUGAUGUCACAAUAAGUAUAUAUACAGCUACAGGGAAGAAUUUCUACCUCCAUUGUUACAUUGUAACAAACGGGGCCGGGGCGAAGCGGGGAGAAAGGCGUCUUCUCGCUAGAAAACCUGCAAGAUUUUGACACCAAACGAUAAAGAGCAGAGCGCACCGUUAUUGCGAGAAGACGGCGAAGUAAGCCCAGACGACUGAACCCGCCCCGGCGAGAAGAAAAGGAUAAACGAACACAGAUGUCAGCGGAUUUCUCCAUUACACCCAUUUAAAGGCUUACAUCAGGAAGACAAGACACUGAGGGUCUUACAUUAUUCAUGCUGCACCGAAAAAUGUUGGAGACUAAAGCGCAGCUAACCCCAUGACGCCCCUUCUUCCUAUCGUCUGUCCUUUAAAUAGAUAGGAAUGCAUCAUUUAAAUAAAACCCGCCGGUCUUGCACAGCUCCCGUUUUCUUCGUCAUCUUUCAGUGUGCAGAACAAUGAGCAUGAAGCCUAAGUAGCCUGAAAUAACCAAAUAUAAGUGUUGCAAAUUGACAAUCACGCAAGCUUUCAUCCAGAUUACUUCGGCUCCACGGUUGCAGUCUGGAUACUCGUUCAGGGAUCUCGGUUUUGGCAUAAAAGAGCGUCUCAUAGGGCGUUGAAAGAUUGAUGUGCAGCUCCUAUUGGAAACAGAAACGACCUACGAGUUGGUUGGAAUAAGGGUCCCUGUUUCUGCCCCAGGUAAGUGGGUUUAGUGUUUCAUUAACCGGGCGGUUUGCCAUUGUGUCUCUGUGUGUCUCUUUCUCUCUCUCUGUGUGUGUGUAUGUGUGUGAAAUGGAAAGAGAAAGAGAGACAGAUAGAAAGAGAGAGCCUUGCCUUGUCAGACUGGCAAUAUCUAACCUCCCCCAACACAGUCAGUCUGUAUGUCCACAUUUAAACAAAUAGCUCCUCUAAACUGCGUGUCCCUGACGGGUAAUAUACCGUGAAGUCACACCUGUCGGUAAACAUCCUGUAACAUGUCAAAGGCAAACUUAAGUCCUGAAAGAAAAGCCUUAAAUUCCUAAACUGAAAUAAACAUUUAAUGUCAGAUGUGUUACUCUGGUUUUUAAAAAAGGGCACACAUUUGGUGUCAUAACCACAGCUGCAUCUUUACAGGUUAGGCCCUGUCCCUUACAGCCUGUCAAGGUGGGUAAUUUUGUUGAAAUUAGGUCAAGGUAUUAGUCUUUAAUGCUCAUAAUUAUUAUUAGGACAUAGAUUAGAUAAUUUUGGACUUUCCCCCCCUCAGAAGUAGUUCCAGGAAAGAUCACUUAGACUGCAUUUGAGCAGCUUUUUGGUAUCAGCACAUCCCUUUUCUCUUUUUAGCUGAAGGACAAAUUUAAUUGUGCAGUUAUUACAUAAAUUAUGCUAUAAAUGUACGUGUCAGUUUGAACAUUUUCCUGCAAGCACUUAAAAAAAACUGAAUGAAAAACUACAGAAUGGGAGUUGCUCCAUUUGGUAUGACAUUACAAUAUGUUGCAGGCAGAUUCAUGCUGCAUAGUGAAAUAUGAAUUACCUUGAGAAGUAGCUGGUUCACACUAUAGGAUGUAUGGUAGUAAUAUGGUAGGUUUAAGGUAGAUGGAUAUAGUGUCUCUAUGGGAUAUAAUCAUCGGUGUUAAUAUUGAUGUAUAAUUAUUUGGAAUGUAUCUGUGUGAAUGCAGAUGCCUGUGUAAUGCACAGGACAUAACACAGUGUAACAUCAGACAUGUAUUUAGCUGCUUUCAUUCACCUUGUUUGACCUCUCCUACAGAUGUAAGUGAUCAGCUCCCUCCUUCAAAUUCACCCAUAUCCAUCCCUCCCCCUACACUCAGUUUAUAGCAGAUUUUCUUUAGGGGUAAAAACAGAUUGUGAAGCCACAGACAUUAUUUGCUUCAAGGCUGCUUGCAUAAACUGUGCUUGCCUAGUUGCCAUGGUUACAUUUUCAGACUUGAUAAUUUCAAAGUCGGAUUUCAUGUGAGAUGGGAGCCACACAGACGAAAUGAUGGAGCUGGAAUACAGAUGAAAGGAGGCAGGAGCGAACAGAUGUCACCUUUUUGUUCUGUUUGUGUUGUCAAGGGCUGACCUUACACAGGAACAGUUUGAUAAAAAAAAUAGCUCAUUCUCUAAGUGACAACACGAGCAUUUUGUUUCUGUGGUAGUAAAUCACAAUGUGUCAUGUGUUCACAUCUUUUGAAACACAUUUACUGGUGCCGGGUAUGUUUUUUUGUGCUCCUCUGUGCCCCCAGAUACUUAAGUUUCCAUGGAGGCAGGUUCGUCCCUCAGCCUCAAACGAAGAUAUGAAGAGGUGGACAACAGCUCUCCAUUCUCUACACCUAAGGACUCUGACGAUGACAUCUCCAGCAGUGACAGUGCUGACAGCUGUGACAGCCUCAACCCUCCCUCUAGCACUGCAUUUACCCCCACCUCUAUCCUCAGGCAGCACAAGCCGUCACCAGGGGGGAAACGCGUACGUUUUGAUUUGGUGACGGUGUAUUACUUCCCCCGGCGGCAGGGUUUCACCAGCGUGCCCAGCCAAGGGGGCAGCUCCCUGGGUAUGGCCCGUCACCACUCCUCCAUCAGACACUACACACUGGGGGAGUUUGCACGCGAACAGGAAACCAGUCACCGGCACACUUUGCAACAGCACCUGCGCCAGGAGAAGCUGAAUGCCCGCAAGAUGAAGCUGACAAGGAACGGCACGGUGGAGUGCGCUCAGGCGGAGCUGCUGACUCUGGACGAUGUGUCGGAUGAGGAUCUCGACGUGGACGGCGUGGAAGUGGACGACUGUUUCUUCCUUCAGCCGCUGCCCACCAAACGGCGUCGAGCCCUCCUGCGAGCCUCUGGCAUCACCCGCAUCGAUGCGCGUGAGAAAGCUGAGCUCCGAGCUAUCCGCCUCUCUCGGGAGGAAUGCGGCUGCGACUGCCGUUUGUACUGUGACCCUCGCCAUUGUGGCUGCAGCCAGGCUGGUAUUAAGUGCCAGGUGGAUCGAAUGUCUUUCCCGUGUGGCUGCUCUAGGGAUGGCUGCGGCAACGUAGCAGGUCGUAUUGAAUUCAACCCUCUACGUGUCAGAACUCACUACCUGCACACCAUCAUGAAGCUGGACGUGGAGAAGAGGAGGAUGCUCAUACAAGGAACAGGAGACCAGUAUGCUGAAUCAGACCCGCUGUCUUCCCCCUCCUCCACGUGUCCCACUUCACCGGACCUUUCUUCAGUCGCUGGCCUGGACUCGGAGCUGGAGGAGAGCGAGGUGCAGUCGGUCGUGGAGGUUCAGGAUCUUCUGGCGGAGCAGGAUAUACUGGAGAGGGAGAACGAGACAGCCGUGCUGCACCUGCAGAGCGCAGAGGAGCAGGAGAGGAGGGAGAGGGAGGAGGCUGAAGGGGAAGCAGUGCAGCCAGAGCUGAGUGCUGAUGGGCUCACAGAGCAGCCUCUUUGCCUCCUACCCAGUGCCUUGGGAGGGGAGCUGCCUGAGCAGGCAGAAGUUCCAGGUGUUGAGCAGGUCCUCCUGCAGGGGCCUUUCCCUACAGGGGCUACGGUCUUGUGCAUCACUGACAACCAGGAGGAGAGCCCCUCUGACCUCCUCAAAGACUCCUCUUCCCUGCUCUACUAUCAACUCAGUCCCAUAGAGCCUGGAGCCUUUGAGACGCUGCCCAGAACAGAGGAAGCUGAACAGGAGGAGCCUUUGGUGAGGGAACAAGAUGCAAGAGAAGAUGAGUUUGCGGAAAGGAAACAAGAAGGAGGAGAGGAGCUGAAGGAAGAUAAGCAUGAAGACAAGCCUUUGACCGAUGUUAUUCUGUGCUCAGAGGAAUGCGUGGCAGCAGUGGAGGAGAGGCCUGCGAGUCCUCAGCAGAAGAUCCCGGAAGAACAGUGCCAAGAGCAGUCGUGCAUGAAGAAAGAAGUAGAUCCACUGCCUCCUGAAGUUUAGUACUAGCGUCUCUGCAGAUAAUUUGCACAAUAGCUUCAUCUAAGAUGAGUAAAUUACACAUUUUACAUGUAUUACUGCUAUUAUCAUAAAUAACUACAGGUCUCCUAUAGUGAGUGUCAAUAAAAUAUGUGAAGAAUGAGCUUGAGUGUUACACAAAGGAGGAGAGAUGCUGAAAGCACAUAUAGAUCACUCCCCAGAAGUAAUAUGGAUGCAGUUCAAAGACAACAUUGUAGGUAAUUCUGUUGGGGGUGAUGAAUGCGGCCUUAAUGGAAAAAAACACGGAAACACUUGUGCGUAGGAGUCGAUUAGGAGUACAGCGAGUAGUGUUUUGUUCAUUUCCAGCGCAGCAAACAGAAAAUACAGUGUGUGAAUGCUGACAUAAGCCUUUUGUUUUGUGAUGUAUAAAGGUGUCAACACUAAACACAAAUUGUUUUUUCAGCGCGCAGGAAGCUGGUGUAUUUUGAUACUUUACCGGCUCACUUUCCAUUACAGCAAUCUCACACUGUAAUCAAGCCAAAUGAAGGCCUCCGAUCCAACCUUCCCCUGAAAAUAGACCUAAUAAUCCUGGAAAUACUUGUUUUUGUGUACUGUAUAUGCAUUUGCAAUGUGCAGGACAGAGAUGAAGUUUCUUUGAUCUGUAUGCACCUUGCGAAAUGAGGGCAGCAAACGUCGUGGCUCUGUCGCAUUGAGAGGAGGAGGAAAAAUAAUUUUAAAAAAGAGCAGAAAUUAGCACUGGCUGUAGUUGUUACUCACUUCGGACUGCUCGUACAAAUGCAGUCGAUUUGUCAAACAAAAAAGAAAAAGUUUACUUGUAGUUGCAAUGCCUAUGACAUUAUUUCUUCGAGUAAUGUGUCAUUUGUGGAUACUAUACUAUUGGUUUUGAAGUUGAAGUCGUUGCAGUUCGUUUACUUUGGGAAUGAAAGGAAAUGUAAUUUUUUUUCAUACUGCUACAUUAUAAUGUCAUGUUAUGAUGAGUUGCCAGAAUAGCGCUUCCUAGUCUUUUUUUAAUUGAUGUUCUAUAAGAAAGCGAGGAUUUUGAAUCAAGUCAAAUUUCCCAAGAAGAAAACAGCAGUAAGAGUCAAAGUCAAACUGAGGCCUGUGCUGUUGGAAGUAGUUAUUAUAUGAAACAAUGUGAUGCUAGUAAUUUAUGGAUCAGAUUGACAUCGACCUGAAUCUGCGUGUUUUAUGUUCCGUCUGUAUGUGUGCGAGUGUGUGUACAUCUACUUUACAUUUGUACGUCUGAGGGAGGGAGCAUGUACUGUAUUAGAGAUUGGGAGGUGCUGGCGAGGACACGCAUUUCAUUCAUGACAGGUGCUGAUGUUACAGAUUUACAGUUUACAGGAUCUCCUCCCCAUUACCACGAGAAACAAUGUUUCUCCACUUGAUUGAUGUAAGAAGUACCAGAGAGCCUCUCGUAGGAACGCAAUAGCUACUGCACUGCAAAAAUCAUUAAUGUGGUGAUUAUGGAAUGAGGUGUCUCAUGAUUAUGUAAAUGCAAUCGUACCGCAUUUCUGCUCUUUCAGUGUCUUUUUUUCUAAUCUCGGUCUGAUUAGUACUGAUCUGCGUAAGCGUGCCGACUCUUCUUACACAAAAUCAGUCCUUUGUUUUGUUGCCUAUAAUUACAGCUGUUGCUUUGUGUAACUGCUCGCCGAACACAGGAUGUGCUGCCGUGUAUGAGAUGUCUGAUGUGUUUCUUUGCCUUUUUUGUUUUGAAAUUGUCUUAAUCUAAAUCUGCUUACAAGUUGCACCAAAGCAGUGGUUUCAAACCUAAUUAAAUGAUGCUUUCAUCCAUCAGAUUCUAACAAAGCAGUCUCCUCUAGUUAUUGUGAGGCUGCAGAUUUAUUGUGGCUCUUUGUGUUUGCGUGACUUGCCUUGAUAUAGUACCAUCUUUGAAGUGAUGAUGAUUACAAGCUGCCUAUUGUUGAGCUUUUGUCCUCGGCUUUCUACUUAUAAACUUAGGUUUGGGACCACUGCACUGAAUUAACUCCAGUACACUAUGUGAUUGUGUGUUUUCUCUGCGUGAAUGGGGUGUGUGAUUGUUGAGAAGACUGAUAAGUUUAGACUUCAUCUAACAGCUGUGAGAACUACUCUCAUGCUAACUGUUGCCUAAAGUGGACACAAAAGAUUUUAUACAAAAGUAAAAACAAUAAAUUACUCAUUGCAAAAAGGA